AUGGCUACCUCCAUCUGUACAUCCUCCCGCAGUCCGCUGCGGAAAACGGUGACCAAAGCCGACUCGUUCCAUCCGGUGGAGGCCGCGAUGGUCCAGAACUCCAGGGCAAACUCCGAGGCGGUCCUAGAUUCCUGGCGUAGUCAAAGUAGGCGCUCAUUCCCCUCAGCCCUCCACAGGAUGAUCAAACAUCGAGCGGAAGAGGAGGGUGAAGAGCUCGUAGGACUCGACCUCGGGUCCGCCCAUUUCCCAGACCACGCACCCCAGUCCAGGGCCGUCCGGUGUGUCUCGCCUGAUGGCGAGGUCAGCGGUAAUGGUAACGGACCAGUGUUCCCCAACCCCUGCUACAGCCAGGCCAUCUGUCAUAGCCGUGGUGAUGGCUACUCGUGUUUCUGCGUGCCUGGGUUCCAGGGUGUGUGCUGCCAGAUAGAGGUGAACGAGUGUGUGUCACAGCCCUGCAGGAACGGAGUCACCUGUAUAGACAGGGUGGGCAGGUACGACUGUCUCUGCAGCCCAGGGUUUACAGAUGCCACCUGUGAGGUCCAGAUUGACAAGUGUCAAUCACAGCCCUGCCUCAAGGGUGGGAGUUGUCAUGACUACGUCUACAGCUUCUCGUGCACCUGCAUGUCCAGUUUCCAGGGAGACCACUGUGAAAUCGAAAUUGACGAGUGCCAAGACCAGCCAUGCCAAAAUGGGGCCCUGUGUCCUGAAGGUGUUGAUGUGUACAGCUGCGACUGCUCUCAGACCACCUUCACUGGGCGACACUGUGAAACUCCUCUCUCUCCGUGCAAUUCCCAGCCAUAUGUCAACAGCGCCACCUGUCUGGAGGACGAGGGAAACUAUACAUGUGACUGCUGGCCAGGUUUCAAGGGUUGUCAGUGUGAUGUGGAUGUGAGUGAGUGCAGUAGCAGCCCCUGUCUCUAUGGUGGCUGGUGUAUAGAGCUGUCCUGGCAUAGUCUGUAUGGUUCAGAGCCUCUGCUUCCAGACCACUACAACCCACAGCACGCUGCAGGAUUCAUAUGCAGCUACCAACCAGGAACCACAGGUACCCUUUGUGAUGAGGUAGUGGACAUGUGCAACCUCAGCCCUUGUGAGAACGGGUCUCAGUGUCAGAGCCUUGUGGGGGGCUAUAUGUGCCACUGCUCCCAGCAAAACCUCGAUGAGUUCCUGUAUGGGGGCCAGAACUGCAGCGAAGCGUUGGUGGGCUGCGAGGGCCAUGAGUGUCAGAACCAGGGCUCAUGCUCUCCGUUCCUAAGCGACGGGCAUCAUGGCUACUCCUGCCACUGCCCCCCGGGCCACACCGGGCUUCUCUGCCAGACCCCCACAGCCUUCUCCUUCGAGCAGAGUGGCUACCUGUUAUUGCAGAGCCCCAUGAUGUCAACAGAGGCCUCCUGCAACAUCACCCUGAGUUUCCGGACAGUGCUGCCCAGGGCCGUCCUCUUCCAGCGGGGCAGUGGAAGGCUGGUCCUGGGUCUGGAGCUGCUGAGGUGCCAUCUGAGACUCAGCCUGAGGAGGGAGGCCUCGGUUGGGGGAAGGGCAGAGGGAGAGGCCCUGCAACUUAGCCAGACACUGGAGCUCCCCCUUAACGUGACUGAUGGGGGGUGGCACUCUGUGGAGGCCAUGCUGGGGGACGGCCUACUCAGCCUCAGGCUCCUGGAUGGCGGGGUCUGUCAGGAACAGGACUGUGAGAGGGAAGCCCAGGUCGCAGGCACUCUGGCUGGGACAGACUCUCCAGAGUCUCCCCUCCAGAACACCUUCAUCGGUGGGGUGGUGGAGGAAGGUGUGGUUUUGGUCCCGGUCCCGGCCUUCAUCGGCUGUCUGCGGGACAUGUUUGUGGACUCCCAGCUGGUGGUUCCCGGGGAGUGGCUGAGCGACUCGGCAGUGAACAUGACUACAGGCUGCAGCCACAGAGACAGAUGCCAAGACAGCCCCUGUCAGAACAGAGGACAGUGCACCAACCUGUGGCAGAGCUACCAGUGCCGGUGCCCCCGGCCAUAUGAAGGCCAGGACUGCGCUGAGGAGUAUGAGACGGCCCGCUUCGGCAAUGAGGACUCUCAGAGCUACGCCGUUUUCACCAUCACAGAUGAUGCAGGAAGUGACAUCACUGUCUCCCUCUUUCUGCGCACACACCGCGCCGCUGGCCUCUUGUUGGUGCUCGCCAAUAGCACCAGCCAAUACCUGCGCCUGUGGCUGGAUGAGGGACGGGUCAGAGUUCAGCUCCAUAACUUUGAGACCUUGACCAGUGAGAGUGUGGUUAACGACGGGGACAUCCACUUUGUGAGCGUGGUGGUGGACCGUGAGCAUAUGGUCCUAUACGUGGCCAACCAGAAGCAGGGCUCGGUGGAGGUCAGGACGACGGACAGUCAGAUGGGGGAUGUGGUGUAUGUGGGGGGUCUGGCAGAGCAGAAGGCGUCAUCAGCAUUCGGGGGCUACUUUAAAGGCUGUAUCCAGGACCUGAGGAUCAACAGUGAGAGACUGCAGUUCUUCAGGCUGGACACCACAGUGACGUCAUACCCUCUGGUGCUCAUGGCUAAUGUCACGGCGGGCUGCGCUGGGGUCAACUCCUGUAGUAGGAACCCUUGUCAGAACGGGGGGAUGUGCUACCCCAUGUGGGACGACUUCACGUGCACCUGCCCCCACAACACUGCAGGGCGGCACUGUGAGAAGGUCAAGUGGUGUGAGCUAGCCCCCUGCCCCGCAAAGGCGGAGUGCCGCACCCUCAACCAGGGAUACGAGUGCUCUUCCAGUGCUACCUUCCUUGACGACAGCAGUGUACUGUCUUACCGCGGUAACGGCCGUAUCCAACGUAGCCUGGCCAGCAUCACCGUCAGCCUGCGCACCCGUAAACGCCACGUCGCCAUCCUGCAUGCCGAGCGUGGGCCGGAGUUUGUGACGGUGUCUGUGCAGCAUGGCCUUCUCUUCUUGGAGCUACAGAGUGGGGAGGGCUCGUCCACAGUGUCCCUGAGCAGCCGCAUGGGGGUCAGCGAUGGGGAUUGGCACAGCGUCCACCUCUUCAUGGUCACCCCAUGGGCAGAGGCAUCCCGCUGGACCCUAGUGCUGGAUGAGGAAGUGGAUGAAGCUGGGAACUCCAGCAGCAAAGGGGGCAACCUGGACUUCCUCAGGGAGGGGGUGGACAUCCAGCUGGGGGGGCUUGGGCCCAAGGCUGGCUGGAGCCUAGAGGGGUGCCUGGGUACUGUGGAGGUGGGGGGCAUUGCCCUGCCUUACUACAGCCCCUUAGAGGUCAACCUGCCCCGGAUUCAGGAGGAGCAGUUCCUUCGGACAUCCCCCACGCCACCCCGUAGCGGGUGCAGUGGAGGCCCGGUGUGCCAGCCCAGCCCUUGCAUGAAUGGAGGUAGCUGUCAAGACCUCUGGAAUCUGUUCAACUGUAGCUGUGAGGAGGGCUGGACUGGACGCCGCUGUGAGCGCAACACAGACACCUGCGCCUCCAAUCCCUGUAUCCAUGGCAACUGCAGCAUUCAGCGGCUGGCAUAUGAGUGUGCCUGUGAGUUUGGCUACACCGGGGUGGACUGUGAGGAGGAGGUGGAUGUGUGUGAGAACCAUCUAUGCGCUCAUGGAGGCACAUGUCUACAUGGAGUGGACAAGUACGCCUGUCUGUGUGCUGAGAACUACACCGGACCUUACUGCAAUGAUCGCAUUGAGGAAAUUCCAUGGUACAUAGACAGCAGAAAAUUGCCCAAGCUGCCAGUGUCUGUCUGUGGAGAUGAGACCAGGAACUACAUCUGCUUCAACGCAGGGAACUGCACUGAGAGGGACCUGUCUUGUGACUGUCUACCCGGCUUCACUGGACACCGCUGUGAGCAGGAGGUGGAUGAGUGCAAGUCCAACCCCUGCCUGAACGGGGGCUACUGCCGAAACCUCAUUAACAAGUACCACUGUGUGUGUGACAUGAGUUUCGCCGGGGACAAUUGCCAGGUCGACUUGACCUCUGAGGGUCUAACCUCUGACCUGUUGCUGUCAGUCAGUCUAGUGUCUGUUGUGCUGCUGCUGCUGGCCCUGGUCAGUACCUCCGUGGGCCUGGUGGUGGCGCUAAACCAGAGGGCCACCCACGGCACCUACAGCCCCAGCCGACAGGAGAAAGAGGGAUCUCACGUAGAGAUGUACAUAGCCCAUCCGACACUCAUGGAGAGACCCAUAUAG